UUUAAGACGGUCAAGGUUACACCGUGACUGUCAUCCGAGCUUAAUUUGGGUGUACUAAAAUGAAAAAUUUUGCUGGAUUUGACAAAGGUUUAACCUUUAUUUUUCAUUACAAUGGAGCAAUUUCUUGCAGGUCUUGAUGACCUUUUGACCAAAAUCGCCCAAGCUCAAGACUCAGAGACAAUCAAGAAUGCCACUUCUGCUUUGAAUACACAAUAUUAUGUCUCGUCUGAUUGUGUACCUGCCCUCGUAGAAAUUAUUUCCCGCUCACCUCAUUUCCAAGUACGUCAAUUAGCCGCUGUUGAAUUGCGUAAAAGAGUGUCAAAGUGGUGGUCUCAAAUUCAAGAGGCUGUCAAGGUUAACUUACGUACACAACUUUUAAGCAUUGCUCUUAAUGAAGAAAACCAAGCUGUUCGUCACUCUAUCGCUCGAGUCAUUUCCUCUGUUGCUAGUAUUGAUAUGCCUGAUGAGAAAUGGCCUACACUUUUAAACUUUUUAAACGAAGCAUGUGCAAGCCAAAACCCUUCUCAUCGUGAAAUUGGUGUUUACUGUUUGUAUACUUUAUUUGAAGUCAUUGCUGAUUUUUUUAUGAACAACACCGCUUCCUUGUUCGACCUUUUCAACAAGUUGAUUGUUGACCCUGAGAGCAAGGCUGUCAGAAUCACCACUGUUUUGGUUCUCGGUAAGCUCUCUGAGUUUAUUGAUGGAGAAGACAAGGCCACCAUUAAAAUGUUCAAAGCAAUUAUUCCCAGAAUGGUGAAUGUGUUGGAAGAAUGUAUUAAGGGUGAUGAUGACGAUAAUACCUCUCAAAUCUUUGAAGUCUUUGACACCUUGUUAAUGUUGGAUGCACCUUUAUUGAACGAUCAUUUAACCAACUUGAUUGAUUUCUUCUUGACUAUCGGUGGUAAUACUGAUUUGGAGGAUAACAUUCGUGUCCUUGCCUUGUCUUUCUUGAUGUGGGCUGCUGUUUAUAAGCAAAAUAAGAUCAGACACUUGAAAUUGGUUGGACACAUUGUGGAAAGAUUAAUGCCUAUUGGUACAGAAGAGGAUCCCGAAGAUAUGGAUGAAGAUUCUGCAUCUCGUUUGUCAUAUAAGGUUUUAAACGCUUUGGCUACUAACAUCCCUCCUCAACAAGUCUUCCCUAUUGUUAUGCCUUUUGUUUUGAGCUACAUUCAAAACCCUAAUCCCAGUUAUCGUAAAGCCUCCAUGAUGGCAUUUGCCGUCACUGUUGAAGGUUGUACCGAUAUCAUUGCCAAUAAGUUGAAUGAGCUUCUUCCUCUUGUCUGUACUGGUCUUCAAGAUCCCGAAAUUAUGGUGCGUCGUGCUGCUUGUAUGGCACUUGGGUGUCUUGCUGAAGAAAUGCCCAAUGACAUCUCUGAGCAUCACCAGGUUCUUUUACCCCUUGUUUUCCAAUUGAUGAACGAUAACAACCUCGAAGUCACUAAGCAUGCUUGUAAUGCUCUUGAUGCUAUCCUUGAAGGUCUUGGUUCCGAUAUUGUGCAAUAUCUUCAAGUGUUAAUGGAGAAACUCUUGUUCUUGUUACAACACGCUACUCAAACUGAGACUCGUGCUACUGUCAUUGCUGCCAUUGGUAGUGCUGCUCAUGCUGCCGGUGAAGAUUUCCAACCCUAUUUCUCUGAAGUAUUGCCCCGUAUUGUUCAAUUGAUGACACUUAAGGAAACCCCUGAGGAUCAAUUACUCCGUGGUGUUGCCUCUGAUACUGCUGGAUCGAUUGCUGAAGCCGUUGGUGCUGAUGUCUUCAGACCCUAUGUCCAAAACUUGAUGGGACUUGCAGUUGAACAAUUACAAUUGGACUCUCCUCGUCUUCGUGAAUGUUCUUAUGCUUUGUUCUCUAACUUUUCUCGUGUAUUUGGUGAAGAAUUCGCCCCUUAUUUACCUACCAUUAUGCCCGAAAUUUUAGUUUCUUGUAGAGCCGAAGAAAAGAACGAGACCGUCUUGGAUGAAGAGGUUGAUUUAACUACAGGUGGUAUGGACGACGAUUUAGAUGAGGAUUUUGAGAACUUUAGUUUCAACUCUGCUAUUGCCGAUGAAAAGGAAUUUGCUGUGGAUGCUUUAGGAGAGCUCUUUGCGCACACAAAGACACAUUUCUUACCUUAUGUUGAUGUCUCUCUCAUCGAAUUACAAAAGCUUACAAGCCAUGUCUUCGAUGGUGUACGUAAAUCUGCCACUCAAAGUCUGUUUACUUUUAUCAAGACCCUUUAUACCAUGUCCAACCCUGCUCCCUGGACUCCUGGUAUUCCUGCCACUUACACUGUUCAUGAAAAUGUUCAAAGCUUGAUCUCCAACAUCAUUCCUAUGACCUUGGAAUUAUUUAAAGAAGAAGAUGAUAGAACAGUUGUUGUCCAAACCUGUCAAGAGUUUGUCACUGCUCUUCGUUUGAUGGGUCCCAUUAUUGUCAACGAUUGUCUUGAAGAUAUUGCAGAAUGUCUCUUGGAAAUCUUUGAAAAGAAGUCUAUUUGUCAACAAAGCUUCGAUGAUGGAGAUUAUGACGAGGAAGAUGAUGAUUUAGAGUCUGAGUCUAUCUUGAUCAGCUCUGCCGGUGAUCUUGUCGCUGCUUUGUGUGAGACUGUCGGUCCUGAUUUUGCCAAAUACUUUGACGUCUACUUGCCCCUUAUUGUUAAAUAUUACAAGCCUACAAAAACACAAACCGAAAGAUCAAUGGCUAUUGGUUGUUUAGGUGAAUGUGCUGGUGGUCUUAAAUCUGCCAUCACUCCUUAUACCGAACGUUUGUUACAAGUCUUUGUCAAGGCCUGUGGUGAUGAAGAUGAGCUUGUACGUAGCAAUGCCGCUUUCGCUUUAGGUUCUUUGACUGUUAACACACAAAUUGAUAUCAGUGGACAUUACCCUGCUUUGCUCACUGCUCUCUCCCCUCUUUUCAGCAACCAAACUAUCCCCAACACCGUUGACAAUGCUGCUGGUGCCGUUGCUCGUUUAAUUUUGGCUCAUCCUGAAGCUGUUCCUUUGGACCAGGUCAUGCCUACAUUUACUAACGCUUUACCUUUGAAGGCUGAUUUCGAAGAAAAUACUCCUGUGUUUGAAUGUCUUUUCAAGUUGUUCUCUAGUCAUAACUCCUUUGUCUUCAACAAUUUGCCCCAAUUCCUUCACAUUUUCUCUCAGGUUCUCUCUGAUAACGAACAAUUGAAAGAGGACACCCGAACUCACUUGAUUGAACUUAUCCGUGCCUUGAACGCCCAAUCACCUAAUCUGAACAUUGCUUCUAGUGAAUUAGCUCGCUUUUUAUAAACCUUCUUAUUAGCGUAGGUUAUAAAAAAGGCAUCCAAUCCCUUCAUCUAAACACAUUUUUUGUAUUAAUAAUUAGUUAACAAAAUAAAAUUUAUAUAUUACGUAAUUUAAAAAAA